GGAGACAAGCAGGGAGUUGGCCAUCCCAGUCCUUGAUUGGCUGGUUACUGACUGUGACCUCAUAAUGAGCCUUUGUUUGGCAAUUCCCAGAGUCCUGGCUGAACUGCAGGAAGGCAGUUGCUGCGUUGGUUGCAGUGUAUCUAGCUAAGGAAGCUAGACUUUAACCAAGUUUGGCUCAUUUCCUCCUUCUGAUAGGGGCAUUGGCCUUUUUUUUUUUUUCUUCCAUUAAAAAAGUAAUUUGGCUUACUCGGAUUUCAUUAUGACAGUAGUUCGUGUUUUUUUAAGCUUAUGUAUUGGCUAUUGGUCAAUUCCAAAUUUGAAAACUGCAAAACUUGCAUAGCCUCUAUCCUUGAAAAACCCUGGUACCCGUAAGAGCUGAAGUCUGGUUGGCCUUAGUGAGUGCCUGGAGCCAGAACACCCAGCAGUCUGUUCCCAGAGUGACUGCUGAGCCCACACACUUGGUUCCUGUUUCUCCUGGGAUUUAACUCUUUGUUAGCCCGUUUCUUAGUGGAACUUGCCUGCCGAAUCCCAGUUUUAUGUAAGUGUACUUUGUUCUCUGGGAAGAGGUUAAGCGGAUUUGUGUGUAUGUAACAGCGUGUGGACUUUUAUCUUUGCUUCAUGAAUCUUUAAGAGAUACAGUUGCAGUAAAUAUAUUUCUAAACUACUUUAUUGUUUUCCACCUUGUUUUGUUUGUAGUCAUUCUCUCACAUAACGAAGCACCUCUCACUUUUAAAAGCUUCUCUUAGUACCACUAAUAGUAGAGCUUUGGGCCUCUAGUAGUCACUUGAAUCAGCUUUAAGCAAAUCUGCUUAUGCUCACUUGCUCAGGAUCACUUCUCACCAGAAUCAUUAAAAAAGUUUAAUCAAGUGAUUACCUUAUAUCAGUUUGUGUCUACAUAUAGACUUGGGGAAUUAUAGCUCUAUUUCCCAUCACUCAGCAAGUCCCAUAAUCCUCUGCUUUUUACACAAAGCAUAUUUCUUUUCAGAUACACAUGUGGCUUUCACUUCAGUUCCAAAAGUGAACUUGAUGUGCUUUUUUCUCUCUCUUCGGCCCCUGGUCUGCACAGAAGACAGACUUUUGCUUUCAAAGGAGAUUUGUUCACUCUGUUAGCUAAGGCAGUGACUCAGUAACGGUGCCUCCUGGAUGGCCCUCUAAAUACAUUAUUCUGUUCCAAGUGGUUGGGAAACUCUUGAAGGCAAUAGACUGAUUACUUGAAGAGUAGACAGUGCCCCCACCCAUUCCCACGGAGUGCCAUUUGCUCCGAGGCUAGUGUCUUUAGCUGUCGCAUCAUAAUAGCCAGCAUUUAUUGAGCACUUUGUCCCAGACGCUUGUUUAACUAGCUGUUUUACAUUCAUUAACUCAUUUAAUCUUUGUGAGAUAGUAGAUCUUAUUAUUUCCCCCACUUUGCAGAUGAGGAAACAGAGGCCCAGAAAUGUUGAGUAACUCUGUUUAAGGUAACAGACUCAUGUAGUCCAGAGUGUUUGUUGAUGUUAGAACAAGACUUUCCUGACCACGAAGAGCACUUUGGCUCUGGCUUCAGAUGUGUCCAGGCAGUAGAAGAUAGAUACCUUAGGACUAGCUCCCAGAACAUGCCUCCCAGGCCGGCUUCAGAGUCCUACGUGGUCUCUCUGCCCCACGUUUUCUUUCUGCCCUGUGUGGCCUGUUGAAAAGGUGGCAUGGUGUGGAGAUGCAGCUCUCUGGGUUUAUCUCUCUUGUCUUAACAGCUUAUGGGAAACUUUUUUUUAGCUUUACUAUUUAAUCCUGGCUUCCGAUUUUCCUGUUCAUCUCCUGGAAUUCCAAGAACCUCUAGGAAAACUGGAGUCUUAAGACCUAAAAUUGGUAACCAGCAACCCCCCUUGGGACACCUCGACUCCAAGCCCAGCAGUAAGUCCAACAUGCUGCGGGGCCGCAACUCAGCCACCUCUGCUGACGAGCAGCCCCAUAUCGGCAACUACCGGCUCCUCAAGACCAUUGGCAAGGGUAACUUCGCCAAGGUGAAGCUGGCUCGGCAUAUCCUGACUGGGAAAGAGGUAGCUGUAAAGAUCAUUGACAAGACUCAGCUGAAUUCCUCCAGCCUCCAGAAACUCUUCCGUGAAGUAAGAAUAAUGAAAGUUCUGAACCAUCCCAACAUAGUUAAGUUAUUUGAAGUGAUCGAGACUGAGAAAACGCUCUACCUGGUCAUGGAGUACGCCAGUGGAGGAGAGGUGUUUGAUUACCUAGUGGCUCAUGGCAGGAUGAAAGAAAAAGAGGCUCGAGCCAAAUUCCGCCAGAUAGUGUCUGCUGUGCAGUACUGUCACCAGAAGUUUAUUGUUCAUAGAGACCUAAAGGCAGAAAACCUGCUCUUGGAUGCUGAUAUGAACAUCAAGAUUGCAGACUUUGGCUUCAGCAAUGAAUUCACCUUUGGGAACAAGCUGGAUACCUUCUGUGGCAGUCCUCCUUAUGCUGCCCCGGAGCUCUUCCAGGGCAAAAAGUAUGAUGGACCUGAGGUGGAUGUGUGGAGCCUGGGAGUUAUCCUAUACACACUGGUCAGCGGAUCCCUGCCUUUUGAUGGACAGAACCUCAAGGAGCUGCGGGAGCGGGUACUGAGGGGGAAAUACCGUAUUCCGUUCUACAUGUCCACAGACUGUGAAAACCUGCUCAAGAAAUUUCUCAUUCUCAAUCCCAGCAAGAGAGGCACUUUAGAGCAAAUCAUGAAAGAUCGGUGGAUGAAUGUGGGUCACGAAGAUGAUGAAUUAAAGCCUUAUGUGGAGCCACUCCCUGACUACAAGGACCCCCGGCGGACAGAGUUGAUGGUGUCCAUGGGUUACACGCGGGAAGAGAUCCAGGACUCACUGGUGGGCCAGAGGUACAACGAGGUGAUGGCCACCUAUCUGCUCCUGGGCUACAAGAGCUCCGAGCUGGAGGGCGACAGCAUCACCUUGAAGCCCCGGCCUUCAGCUGAUUUGACCAAUAGCAGUGCCCCUUCCCCCUCCCACAAGGUACAGCGCAGCGUCUCCGCCAACCCCAAGCAGCGGCGCUUCAGCGACCAGGCUGGCCCUGCCAUCCCCACUUCCAAUUCCUACUCUAAGAAGACUCAGAGCAACAACGCAGAAAACAAGCGGCCUGAGGAGGACCGGGAGUCAGGACGGAAGGCCAGCAGCACAGCCAAAGUGCCUGCCAGCCCCCUGCCCGGCCUGGAGAGGAAGAAGACCACCCCCACACCCUCCACGAACAGCGUCCUCUCCACCAGCACAAACCGAAGCAGGAAUUCCCCACUCCUGGAGAGGGCCAGCCUCGGCCAGGCCUCCAUCCAGAAUGGCAAAGACAGCCUAACCAUGCCAGGGUCCCGGGCCUCCACGGCUUCUGCUUCCGCCGCAGUCUCUGCGGCCCGGCCCCGCCAGCACCAGAAAUCCAUGUCGGCCUCCGUGCACCCCAACAAAGCCACUGGGCUGCCCCCCACGGACAGUAACUGUGAGGUGCCGCGGCCCAGCACAGCCCCCCAGCGUGUCCCUGUCGCCUCCCCCUCCGCCCACAACAUCAGCAGCAGUGGUGGAGCCCCAGACCGAACUAAUUUCCCCCGGGGUGUGUCCAGUCGAAGCACCUUCCACGCUGGACAGCUCCGGCAGGUGCGGGACCAGCAGAAUUUGCCCUACGGUGUCACCCCAGCCUCUCCCUCUGGCAACAGCCAGGGCCGGCGGGGGGCCUCGGGGAGCAUCUUCAGCAAAUUCACCUCCAAGUUUGUACGCAGAAAUCUGUCUUUCAGGUUUGCCAGAAGGAACCUGAAUGAACCUGAAAGCAAAGACCGAGUGGAGACGCUCAGACCUCACGUGGUGGGCGGCGGCAGCAAUGACAAAGAGAAGGAAGAGUUUCGGGAGGCCAAGCCCCGCUCGCUGCGCUUCACGUGGAGCAUGAAGACCACGAGCUCCAUGGAGCCCAACGAGAUGAUGCGGGAGAUCCGCAAGGUGCUGGACGCCAACAGCUGCCAGAGCGAGCUGCACGAGAAGUACAUGCUGCUCUGCAUGCACGGCACGCCCGGCCACGAGAGCUUCGUGCAGUGGGAGAUGGAGGUGUGCAAGCUGCCGCGGCUGUCUCUCAACGGCGUUCGCUUUAAGCGGAUAUCGGGCACCUCCAUGGCCUUCAAAAACAUUGCCUCCAAAAUAGCCAACGAGCUGAAGCUUUAAUAGGCUGCCAGGAGUGGUGGGCGUGGAGGCGGCCAGCUGGACUUAGCUGCUGGGGCCGGCGCUCCGCCCGCCUGGGCCAGACUGCAGAGAUGGAUCGGUGUGUCUCCCCUGCUGGCACUUCCCUCCCCACCCUGCUCAGUUUUUUCUUCCAUGUUUGUGGGGACGGGAGAUGGUUCUCUCCCCCUCCCCACAGUUACCCCUGCCCAGAUAGCCCCCCUUCCCCCUCUCUCCCACAGGAGGCAAAGGAAGGGGGGAGGGGUGGGGGGGCAGGGCUCCCCCUCGGUACUGCGGUUGCACAGAGUAUUUCGCCUAAACCAAGAAAUUUUUUAUUACCAAAAAGAAAAAAGAAAAAAAAAAUUUCCCAGCGGCCACCUUUCCUCCCUGCCCCAUUGGGACAGUCGAGACUGGAUCUGUGGGGUUUCCCGGGAGGGUGGCUCAGGGCUGGAACACUCUCAGGCAAGAGUGGUGGAGUUCCCUGUCAGGCCCUCCGCCAGGCCCACUUUGGGCUUCUCCCCUCUCCUCUCCUCCUUCCCCUCCAAGCAAACCACCAGAGGUGGCCUUCCCCUGACCUCAGGCCCCUGGGCUGGAGGCCUGGGCGGCUGGGGGCUGGGGCAGGGGUGCUGGCGGCGGCCUGGGGCUGGCAGGCUAGGCGCGGGGCUCGGCCUCCCUCCACACUGUAUCCUCUGCCCCUCCUUCCCCAGAGGCUGGGCAUUUCCUUCCACAAGCUGCUGUGGGGACGUUCGUUCCCCUCCUCAAAAAGUCUGUGCCAUCUUCUCCCACCCCCUCCUGGGUAGAAGGCGGGGCUGACCCCAGGGCUGGGAGAGGGGAGGGGACUGCAGGGCAGAUGGGCUCCCCGGCCCCCGGGGGCCGCCCGGGCUGCUAGUCUCCGGAAUAGGGACGAUGGCAUCCUCCUUUCUGGAGAGCCUUUGUCUGAAAGCACAGCCCCCUCGCCAGUCCUCUCCCCGCUGCUCCUCUUCAUUGGCAUUAAUCUGGGCACCAGCUAGUUCCAUAGCAGUGACUUCCCUCACCACUCAUCUCUCGGCCUUGCCUUCUCUUCCUCACACUGUCGCCCCUCCUCUCAGGAGACACUGCCCGGGGCCUCCAGGGCCGCCUGGCCGAGGCUGCGGAGGGCAGCGGGGCCCGGAGCCUCUGCCCUCCACGGGGCUGGGGGGCAGGUAGGCCAAGGGCCUCCCAGCUUGCCGACCUCCACAGCCAGUGUGGGAGUGGCUGGUUAUGGGCGCUUGGCUGGUGGCAGCCGCUGCAUCCCUUAAUUUAUUUCUCUGCUGUUUCUGUUCUUGAGAAAUUGGGGGAGGGGGUCCUAAACAGAGGCUGCCUCUACCCUGACCUGAGUUGUACAUUUUUUUGUGAUGGGUUUUAUUUUUUAUUUUAUUAUUUUAUUUCUUUUUUUUUGAUUUAUGAUGACUCCACCCCUACUCAUCACCCCACUCCCAGGCCUGGCUCCAUGGCGUGUCGAGCCCUUGGGUCCCAGGAAGGGGCCUUGCCAACCUCAGCCCUCCCGCCCCAAGCCCUGACUGUGGGCUCCGGCUCCUACCAAGGGCUCCCCCUCCCUCCCCCCUCCUCCUUCCUGCCCUAUGGAACAGCCCGGGUGCUCCCAGGGGCCCGGAGGGCAAGGCUUGGCUCCCAAAGGGGGUGGUGGCCGGGGGGCUCCCAGGCGAGGUGGCCCCUCCCCACCCAGCCCCCUCCUGCACUUAGUCUCUCCUCUGGAUCAAACACGUAAUAAAGAGAAUGUUUGGAAUCUGA